AAUCCGUGCCCAACCCCGCGAUACAGUUCGCAUCCUCGGUCGGGUGGAGGAUCCUAUGAUUCCUCUGUCGCCCUCCAUUCUACGAUUUCUCAGGCAUACGUAUACGUAUAUGGUCGCUGUCUAUACACGUGUGGCCGUGUUGCGCGGGACGCAUUAAAAGUCCGUUGCUCGACUCCCGCGUUUCCGUUAGGCAACCUGGGCGUUGUUCGUCUCUCCCAACCUGCAUUUCCCAAAACACAUUCCUUUUGAGAUUUAUUUCAUAUCAAUUUCCAUUUUCAUUUUGCUUUCCUUUUGAAAUCUCUAACCCUUAUGUUCUACAUUUGAAGGACAUGAUUUGGAACCGAGAUGGUUACCCGAAAUGCAGACUCUUCUUUUCACCAGGGAGACUGCAGUUUUUCGUCGGCUCACCCUGUGUCAGCUGAGCAGCUGCGUUCUCAUGCUGGGAAUACGAUCAUUGGUCUUUCGGCAUCUGGUGCAGACAAUUCGACUCUGCAGGUUUUCAAGAGUGGGCCGCUACUUGUAUCAUCCAAAGGAAUAGGAUGGACAUCAUGGAAGAAACGCUGGUUUAUCCUCACAAAGACAUCGCUGGUCUUCUUUAGAAGUGACCCGAGUGUUGCCCCUCAAAAAGGGAGUGAGGCCAAUCUUACACUUGGGGGAAUUGACCUCAACAACUCAGCUAGUGUGGUUGUUAGAGCAGAUAAAAAACUCCUAACAGUUCUCUUUCCUGGUCGUGAUGGGCGAGCAUUUACACUCAAGGCUGAAACUUCAGAGGACAUGUAUGAGUGGAAAACUGCACUUGAAGCUGCUUUGGCACAAGCUCCUGGUGGUGCAACUGCAACCCUUGCAGUUGAACAGAGUGGAAUCUUCCUCAAUGAAGCGCCUGAUGCAAUUGAAGGGUCUUUUGAACAAUGGAGGGAUAAACGGCCUGCGAAGUCCUCCAUUAUUGGUAGGCCAGUUCUUCAUGCUUUGGAAGAUACCGAUGGAACUCCAUCUUUCUUGGAGAAAGCUCUUAGGUUCAUCGAACAGUAUGGAGUCAAAGUAGAAGGGAUCUUGCGGCAAUCUGCUGAUGUUGAUGAGGUUGAACGUCGGGUUCAGGAAUACGAGCAGGGAAAAAAUGAGUUUUCUCCAAACGAAGAUGCACAUCUUAUUGCUGAUUGCAUCAAGCAUGUUCUUCGGGAGUUACCCUCCUCUCCAAUUCCUGCAUCGUGUUGUACUUCACUAUUAGAGGCAUUCAGAACUGGUCGUGGAUCUAGAGUCAAUGCCAUGCAGGAUACAAUAUCUAAAACAUUCCCAGAGCCUAAUUGCCGUCUAUUGCAAAGGGUUCUUAAGAUGAUGCGGACUGUGGUUUAUUACAAAUCUGUGAAUCGGAUGUCAACAUCGGCUGUAGCAGCUUGCAUGGCACCACUGCUUCUUCGCCCACUUCUGGCUGGUGAAUGUGAGGUUGAGAGUGAUUUUAAUAUGGGCGGGGAUGGUUCUCUUCAACUUCUGCGAGCUGCCGCUGCUGCUAACCAUGCUCAAGCAAUUGUUAUAACUCUACUAGAGGAGUAUGGGAAUAUAUUUUUAGAUGGCUCCUUUUCUCCUGAACUAUACUCUGAGACGGAAGGUAGUGGUAGUGAGUAUGAGGGGUCAACAGGUGAUGAGACCAUGGAAGAUGAUGGAUACCAGGAUGCAGAAAAUGAUGGGGAGACAGAGGAUGAUCCUGAAUGUGAACUAAGUGGGUCAUGCAGCGACGACAGUGGUGAUGAUGGCAGUGACCUGUAUGACAAUGAGAUGCAGGUUUCUGAAGAUGUCGAUUCAGACUCCAAGUCUCCUAAAGUUGAAAAGGAUUUCAAAGCUGAUGAGAAACCCAUGGAGGAAACUCAUGAUCCAACACCUCAUCAUCAGAAUAUACAGAUUGAUGAGAAACCGGCAAAGGAAACUCAUGCUCCCACACCUCAACAUCAAAAUAUACAAACUACUGGCAAUUUGCGUAGUCUAAGUGAUAAUCAUUCUACUAUAUACACAGUUGAACAUUGUCAACCUUUAGAUGGUGCACCUAAACCUUUAGAUGGUGCACCUAAGUCAACAAUCUCAAUGCUUGAAUCAACUAGCCUUGAUCCAUCCUCAUGCAUUGGAAAAUCCACAACACAAUCAAAUGGUCCCCUGCCUGGUGCCAAGCCCCGAACCAUAUGGGGGCGUACAGCUGCUAAGAAGAACCUUUCUAUGGAAUCCAUUGACUUCCCUGGUGAAGACGAGAUUGCAAUUCAGAGGCUUGAGAACACUAAAGUUGACUUGGAGAAUAAAAUUGCAAGAGAGGCAAGCGAGAAUGAGAUUUUGCAGGCAAGUUUGGAAAGACAAAAGCAAGCUUUGCAGGAGCAUCGUUUAGCUCUUGAGCAAGAUGUGGCGAGGCUACAGGAUCAGUUGCAGAGAGCGAGAGAUCUGAGAGAAACUUUAGAAGCUGGGCUGAAAACGCCCCUGGGGCUCUUAUCUAUUCCAUCGACUGUGGAUAGCAAGACAAGGGCAGAGAUCGAGGAAAUCGUCCGUGAUGAAGCAGCUGUCACUAAUUUGAAGCAGAACGUUGUUGAUCUCCAUGCGCAGAUUGAUCAACAACGGCAACAUAACUAUGGUUCUGUAUGUGAAUCAUGCGGUCAACGCCUGCCUACUUCCAAUCAUCAAGCAACACCGAAGGCUCAACAGAAAGACGUUGGUGCUACUGCUGCUGAACAUCACCCUGAAACGUUACCUUCAAAUGAGCCUCCCCAGAAGCAGCAGCCCGAUUCAACAAAUCAGAACUCCACUAUCUUGUCUCCUGUCCGUGAGAAUGUUAUCACACAAGACCCUCUAUUUUUAUCAAAUAAGCAGUCCCCCAAGAAGCAACAGCCAGAUUCAACAGGGACAACUUCUAAUUCGUCCAGUGGCUGUGAGAAUGUUACAAUGUCUUCAUCAGAAAAUCAGGCCCCACAGAAGCAGUGGCCAGAUUUAACUCUCCAUCUUGGUGCCAAAUUCGAGGGUACAACUAUGAAGUCAUCUUUUAACCAGGAAAAUGUUACAACACGAGACAAGCAGCCUAACCGGAAGCAGCAGCCAGAUUCACCACGCCCAAACAGUACGAAAUUCAAAUGGGCAGCUGCUAGUUCAUCUCCUGACUGUACGAAAGUUAUAGCACAAAACCCACUGUCUUUAUCAGACAAGCAGCUGCCCUAUAAUCAGCAGCUAGAUUCAACAAGCAAGAACAACAAAUCCAUGGGUGCGACUAUUAGUUCAUCUAAUCCAGAACCGUCGAAAGUUGUGCUGAAUACUUCUUUAAGGAAAUAUACCGGGAAGGGUGAGGGAACUGCUGCUGCACCGUCUGCAUUGACCAGGCUGACAAACCUGCUUAAUCAUAUGAAGGAACGACGCUCGCAGCUUGUAGAUGAGCCUCAAAACAGGGAUACUAGUAUCACUCUGGCUUCAGAGGGUCUGUUGCCUAGACAUCCUCCAGAGACCAACUCCAGAUGAUGCAAGGUCUGAUCAAGAGAGCGCAAGGCGUAUGUUUUCUUACCCUGUAUAGUCAAAAUAAUGUAUCUGUAUUUGCAAUAUUGUCCUUUUGCAGCGUGUCCUACUAACUGUUGGUUUGAGUUCAUUGGCUGUAAUUUAUUUGGGUAGUUUAGAGAUUUGACUAAGGAACCUGAUGCCGCUACUCCUGGGCCAUGCCCUGGGGGGCACUUGAGGUCCAAAGCAUGCUGGCAUACAGGCUAUCUUGAUGGGAUUGUUUCUACUCCUUGUAGCUUGAUUCUGAUUCUGAAAGUUGGAUUCGGGGAUUCAGACUUUGAUAAUUGAUGUAGCAUGCUAUUGUGAUAAAUUCAUUUCUAUGGAUACUCCAUCAGAAUGUACCAUAUGUAUUUGACGGAAACUGAAAAAUCAAAUCCAUUUUUCAUUGAAA